UAAGCGACCAAACUGUGUUAUGGUGGAGGUGGGCGGAGGUUCAGCUGUGUGUCAUUUUCUCUCCCGUUUUGGUGUCGCUUCGGUGUCGUUUGGGUGUCGUUUCUCCCCUCUCCGGCGAUAAAUAUGUUGAAUCAGUAUAUCCAGGAGCUCGAACAGGAUCCCUUUGACGGAGAGGAAUUUGUGGAGCGACUGGCGUGGCGUGUCAAUGCCAGUAUCUCCCCCCCUGGCAGCACAGAGAUUGCCUUUAAUCCUGACCUCUUGCACGAUGCAUUCACACAGGCUAUCAAGGACCUACAACUUCUUGAUGAGAGGACGGCGAAAAAAUGUGAACGUUUGGAAGCAGCGGUGCGCGAGGAAGAGGUUAAACACUGGCAGAAUGUAGCACAGCUCCUGGACAACAAUCGGGAGGCAUUCCAGAGCUUCCAAGACCUGGACAGCCACAUCAACAGCGUGGCCACAAAAGUCGUGCACUUGGGCGACCAGCUGGAGAGCGUCAACACUCCGCGGUCGAGAGCCGUCGAGGCCCAGCGGCUGAUGAACCACUUCCGCGAGUUCCUCCUACCGGGGCCCUUGGUCUCUGAGGUGUUCACGGACAAACUGAAGAUAUAUGAAGCGGCUGAUGUCAUUCAGAAACUGCACUUAAUAGCCCAAGAAUUGCCCUCUGGAAAGUUUGAGAAUGCCAAGCAGAAGAUUGGCGAGAAGUACGAUGAAAUUGAGAGGUCGCUCAUCAUGGAAUUUGUGAAGGCGCACCGGGCGGGAGACAAAGACCGGAUGAAGGAGAUCGCGGCCAUCCUGUCGCACUUCAAGGGCUACUCGCAGUGUGUCGACGCCUUCAUCGAAGAGGCACAGCAUGUGGGUCCUAUGGGUGUUGCUGUGGGAGCUCUGAGAUCGCGAGACUUGUUCCUCGAGGUGGUCCCCCUGUGUCAUCGAUCCGAGACGCUCAUCAACGAGGUGUUCACCAACCCCGACCAGGUCAUGGGCAAGUUUGUGCUCAAUAUCUUCCAAGGUCAGCUGCAGGAGUACAUCCAAGCGAGGUUAGACAACAAGAGUGUGCCAGAGAUGUACCUGCGCAACCUCCACGACCUUUAUUGCCAAACGGUGAAGCUUUGCACAGAGUUGCAGCGCUUUAAUCUUGGCAACGACUCGCAGUUCCUCUCCAAGCUGACAAAAUCCAUCUUCCAGCGGCACUUGUCCUCAUAUAUCAGUGUUGAGACAAGAUACCUGAGGGAAAAGUUCAACUUAAUACUGAGCAGAUACUAUGACUCAAAAAGUCAUCAAAAAAAGAACAUACAGUCUGGAGGCAUCAACGACAUUAGGAGGAACAUUCAGGACGUGAUCGGCACCAAGGCCAACAUCAACAUAGGCCCAGCUGCGGAAAACUAUGGAGGCGAGACCUUCCUGUCGGAGGAAGUGGCCAUCUCCCUGCUGCAGGAGACCAAGCAGGCCUUCAAGAGAUGCCAGAUGUUAUCCACCCAGUCAGACGUUCACAACAAUGCGGUGCAGAUAUUCGACCUUCUCACCAAGGCGCUGUUGAUUGAGCAUGUUGAUUAUGCAAUAGAAUUAGGCCUGCAGGUAAUCCCAGGUGGGGAAGUGCGCACGUCCCCAGAGAUCAGCUUCCUCGAGGUCGUCCACCAGAGCAGCUCCAUGAUGAACCUCCUGGACAAGCUCUUCAGCGACAGCCUCGUCCCACUAAUAAUCUCAACCCCAAAACACGGUGACUGUCUGCAGAAGAAGAAGCAGAUGGGCACCAAUUUAGAGCAGAAGCUGGAUCUUGGCCUCGACCGAACCCUGUCUGCCAUCACGAACUACGUCAGGCAUGUCCUCACCACAGAACAGAAGCGCACAGACUUCAAGCCCGACAACGAUGAUAUUCUCAUUGCCAACGUCACACCGGCUUGCCAACGUGUCGUCCGGUGGAUUAGUGUGGUAGCAGAGCGCGUGAGGGAUACGCUAGAUGGACAUAAUGUGGAGAGUGCAUUGCUUGAGCUCGGCUUGAGGCUCCACCGCACCAUCCUCGACCAUCUGAUGAAGUUUGAAUACAGUGCCACAGGUGCCAUGGCCGUCAUCUGCGACGUUAACGAGUACAGAAAGUGCGUCGCGAGCUUCAAAAUCCCUCUGGUGAACUCCCUGUUCGACACUCUCCACACGCUAUGCAAACUCCUCCAGGUGUCCCCCGAGAAUUUGAAGAUGGUCUGCUCAGGAGAUCAGCUGAGUGGUCUGGAUCGCACCGUGCUAGCCAGUUUCAUCCAACUCCGGUCGGAUUUCAAGACGGCGAAACUCGGCAACCAGCUCAAGUAGUCGGGUGCGAAGGUCGACGUUAUUUUUUCCCUUUUUUUGACGGUGAAAGACAUAGGGUGACAUUCCACGUUAGUCUGUUCCUUGUUCUCUCGGUUGGAUAGUUAUUGUUAUUAUUUUUGUGUCAUUAUGAUAAUUUUUUUUCAUAUUUUUUAAUUAAUUUAUUUAUUUUUUAAUGUUAUUAGUUUGUCUUUUUACCUUCUUCUUUUUUCCCUUUCUUCCAUAUCUUAUUAUUAUUAUUUUUUUUGUGCGUGUAUAUAAUGACGUACUUUUAAAUUAACAGUAACUCGUAUCACAAAAAAAAUAUAUAUGAAUAUUUCUUGCAUCGUUUUUUUAGCGUGAUGCAUUUAAUUUUUUUAUAUUGACUUUUUUUCCAUCCCUAAAAAUACAGAAAAAAAACAGAGUAUCCCGUAUUUCCGUUGCAGGGAGUGAUAUUAUAUUGCACUCUGGUAUUGCAAAAAUGCAUCGUCUCUUGUGUAUUUUUUUUAGGAAAUAUUUUCUAAGAGAGAUUUUAAAGUGUUGAUAUAUAUUAUUUCUUGUUAAGAUAAUUUAUUUAUUGUACAGAGUGAAAAUCAACCCAGUCGAGUGAUGUGUAAGUGAGAUUAGGUAAGAAAAUAGUUUACAAUUUAUAUGAUAAUGGAAAAUACAUAAAUGACAAAAAAAAAUA